CAAGUGUUGCAGUUGUGUGUAAUAUAUCAACUUGUUGGUUCUCUGAGCCAUUUAUCAACAAGGUGGAAGUUGUGAUGACCCACAAAACUCCCAACAACACCACAAAGAUGAGGGAGGAGGAUAUUCUUGCCGGUAUUAUUACUCAUCUGGAGUACCUCAGUUAUAAUGGCUUGGAGACAAUGGAGCCCAGCUGGGUUCGCUCUGUGUUGUUAACUGCUGGGGUACCCAGGCAGAGUCUUAUGCUGUGGGUGCUGAGUCAGUUGGUUCCCACAGAGGCAGCAGAGAUAUCCACAGCACCACCGCACAUACACACUCAAAGAAUUUUGCAGUGCUUAUCAUGCAUGGGAAUCUGCCGCUCAGGAGAUUCUGAAGUUAUUCAGGGAACAGCACCGGCAGCAGCCCAAUUACAGUUUUGGCAGAGGUGUUUAGAUAGCAUAAGCCAUGUGCGUCGCUUCUCUACCUCGGUCAAAGAUCAGGAAUCAGAAUCCCACUCUUCAAGUAUCCUUCUGGAUCAGCUGGCUGAUUCUCCCUAUCUACAGCCAAUACUGAAGGACGGAGGUACAACUGUAAUACCAGGAGACCUGAGGGAGAAAUAUCGAAUGUGGUGCAGAUAUGGACAAUAUAUUCCAGUUACUGAUUUGUUGCAGGAUAAUCAUGAUCAGCUUAAUAAACAGUUGGAGAAAUACAGUGCCAUGGAAGAGCACUGGAAAGUACAGCAGACAUCUACAGAACAAAAUGAAUUGCAAGCUAAUGUAUGCCAGGGCAUCUCUGAUCUCAGCAAGCAGCACGAGCUGUUUCAAGGAGUGUACUCCUUGUAUAUUGCUCCGUGGACAACUUCCAACACACAGCUAGAACUUCCUAACACAGGCCCACUUGUUCAUGAAUCCAAUGUCAAGCUAACGAAACUGACUCAGGUUCUAAAACGAACAGAAGAAGCAUCACAAAGGUGUGAGGAGUUAGGGGAGCAAGAGAAAGCAGUUACACGACACAGUAAUCAUUCCUCUGCCAUUACAUCAACUCUUCAUUCCCUUAUUUCUCAACAAUCAUUGGCUAAAUCAGUGCAAUAAGAUAAAUUUGCAUGUUUAUUCUUGUGCAACAAAUUUGUGUGUGUGUGCAUUUGGGUAUGUGUACCAAUUAAAAUAUACUCGGUUGCAUCUGCCAUUUAGUCUUGAUAUCAAGGACUUAAAUUACUUGUAAUAAUACAAACUAUUUCCAUGGGAAAGUGGAACAAAAUUCUUCUUCCAUAAGCCAUUCAAGUUUUAGGCAAGUGUUUAUAGAGUAGCAAACCCAUAUAAUAGAGUAACAGUUGUUUAUACCCCCACCACAUGAAGCCCACUUCUUCCAAACUAGGUAGACGCCUGAACAUUUUUCUAUAAACGUUUAUUUUUUUAUCGAAUAAACUAUUCGUCCAAAUUA